CUUGAUGAAGGCACCAGUGCCCCAAGGUGAAAUUUCAGCUGAAACUAGUAAAACUGAUGCAGCCUCUCCAGUGCCUAUUUCUCAGGAUGUAGUUGUAACAAAGACAGUAGAAGCUGCUCUUGCUGAGGCAGCAGAAGAAGUAUGUGAUAUAAAUACAGACAAAGACACCAAGCAUCAGGAUACUACUGCCACCCAGGACCACCAAGGAGUCGCCACUGUUAGCCCAAACGAAGAUAGUCCGACAUCGAGCAAAGGAUCGAGUCCAGACAUGGAAGAAUACGAAGUUAUAAAUAAAGAAUCAUUGGACACUCAGUAAUGAAAGUUGCUGUAGUAGUAUAUAUUGGUAAUAAUACACUACCAUUAAAGAAUGACCACCAAAAAAAAGAGGACUUUGAAAAAAUGAUUUUUUGAUGUUUGAAUACCAUAUAUUAUUGAACUUUUAGGCCAUUUAAAGCUUUAGAAUAUUUCUUCCAUAAGCGAAAAUAGAAAGUAGUAGGCAAGAUAUGCUGUAAUGCUUCAGUUUUGUUAAGACUGAUAUCAAGAAAGAAAUUUGAUUAUGAUAGUUCUGCAGUAUGUCUCUGUGCAUUUUAUCUUCCUUUACAAAUUAUGCUUUUAAGAAGUUUUUGUAUUAGUCUCUCUGAUGAGAAAAAACAUGAAUGAAAAUUAAUAACUGCAUUUCUAAGAUCUGUAAUCAAUGCUUCAAAAUCAAAAGCAGAUUGAAACUGUUACUCAUCUUGCAAUGAAAAAUUAUUUGUUAUCAUUUAUGCUCUUCUCUAGAUUUGUCACAAUAAAGCUUUUCAUUUCUUUAUAAUAUGUUUGAUGUUGGGGGGGAAGGGAUGGGUGCCUUAUUCAACUCAUCCAGUGAUGUUGAAGAACUACACAUGUUAUUUCUGCAUUAAUGCAAGGAUAUGUUUUGACAAGAGGUAAGAUUAGAAACAAAAGACAUGUUUAUGAAGUGUUUUAGAUGUAUGGAUUUAUUGUGAGUAAUCUCUUGAAGGACUUGGGAGCAAACUUGUUAUUUUGUUA